AUGGCUACUAAGACGUACAUUCUUGCACCGAACUUCACCUACAAGCCAGGCGGUCCAAUUCAGCUGGGUUCCAUCAUAGCUGACCCAUUUCGACCGGCGAAGGCCCUCUCUAAGCCCACUACACCGCCCGCUUACGAGACGGUUUUUCAUCACAAUCUCGAAGCCUCCUGUGAAACCGGUCGAUCCGUCAAGCUCUCUCUAUGGGCUAGCAUUUUCGAUACAGCGGGUGCUAGAAUCAACGCCUCUCGCGCGCGUAAUGCUGUAAACUCCCUCUCCGUCGACAGGCUUGAGACCCGCUAUCUCACACAGGAGCUCGCGGACGACGACCCGGAUAUUGUACGUCGCCUGAAGGAGCCUCGUGUUCAAGCUGCUAUCAAGAGUGGACUCUUCGGCCGUGCACCAGUGUACCUAAUUUCUGGUAUCAAGAUCGCCCGGGGGCUAACUGUUCGGACCGAGAGAGGUCGAGGAGUUGGCGGUUCCCUCACAGGGACUGCGCCGACUGCGCAAGCCAUCGGAAUAGACCUCGGGGCGUCAAUAGAAGGUGAAGAAGCGCGGAGCAUAAGUAGCUCCUUUGAAGCUGGCGAUGAGGACAUUAUUAUUGCUUAUCAGCUGCAUGUCAUCAAAGCAAGGGGAAAAUCGACGGGGUUGGUGACGGCAGAUGUGUUCCAGUCUGAUGCCACGUUUCUUCACGACGAUGCCAGCGAUGAAAUGGAAGAUGAUAUCGAGAUUAGUACUGGAGGGGUUGAAGAGUUGGCUGAGGCCGCACGAGAAAUGGAGAUUGAACUCGAAACUGAGAGGAUCUUUGGCUUAGAUGGCAAGGGACUCACAUGUGUGCAGGCUAGAGAGGGGUAG